AUGGCAUCGACUACACGGAGACGUUUUCCGGUAGUCAAGUACGUGACGCUGCGCAUGGUAGUUGCAAUCACGAAGUACUUUGACUGGACACUGGACCUACUGGACGUGGUGACAGCUUUGCUAUGCGGAGAGAUGAAGGAAAAGGUAUUCUGCGCGAUCCCAGAAGGGGUCGAAGUUGAUGAAGACUUUGACUGCUUCGAAUUGUUGAAGGCGAUCUACGGACUAAAACAAGCAUCGCGAGUAUGGAACGAGAAUUUCCAUGAGUUCGUCUGCUCCAUUGGAUUCCAAGUAUCUCAUUUUGACCCGUGUCUUUAUCUCAAGAUUACAAGUGGCGAGUGCGUGCUUUUGCUGGUAUACGUCGAUGAUGUGUUGGUGACUGGCAGCUCGACCGAACUGAUUAUGCGCACCAAGAGUGACUUGAAGGCGCGUUUCGAAAUGACUGACAGCGGCAAGUGCGCAUUCGUGUUGGGCAUCGAGCUGGUGGACAACGACAGUGGUAGCGUGACGAUGUGCCAGCGACGCUACGUGGAAGAUGUUCUCAAGCGUUUUGGCAUGAGCGACUGCAAAGCCGUCACCAGCCCAACAGACAUUAGUUCUUGA